UUAGCCCCUUUUACGAGAGCCCUGGCAGGCGGCCGGGCGCUGGAACCAGGCUUUAAAAGCUCCUCAAACCACCCCCCCCCUCUACGAAACAACCGGCCCCAUUUCGCCUUCAGCAGGAGGAGGGCGAGGAAGAGGGGCCCUGCUCUUCCUCCCCAGCGGGAGCUGGGGCUCAGGGGGUGCGGGGAAGCAGUGGAUGAACGUGCAAUCGGCGCCUGCUUUCCUCUCGCAGCGCGGCUUCCACCGCUCGGCAUCGCCCGCAGGCUCCAUGGAGCUUUUUGGGAGCUUUGUGCGGCCCCGUGGGGAGACUUUGGGGUUCCCAGCUCGGCCCGGCAGCACCGGCACCGUGAAGACCCUGGGUAACACCUAUCAGUUCACAGUGGAUGUGAGCGACUUCGCCCCCGAGGACAUCAUCGUCACCACGUCCAACAACCAGAUCGAGGUGCACGCUGAGAAGCUGGCUGCGGAUGGCACGGUCAUGAACACCUUCACCCACAAAUGCCAGCUGCCCGAGGACGUGGACCCCACGUCGGUGUCGUCCUCGCUGGGGGACGAUGGCACAUUGACCAUCCGUGCCCAGCGCCAGCCCAAGCAUCCCGACCACGUCCAGCAAACCUUCCGGACUGAGAUCAAGAUCUGAGGGGCUGGGGGGGGGUCCUUUCCCCCCCCCC